UUGACGCCGUGCGCCUGUGUGUUGGCGGAGCAGGUACGGCGCGAACCCAGUGCCUGGAGUUUCAUUUAACAAGCUCUGCCACCCAACAUGUAACAAAGCAAGUGUGGAGGCAGUUUGCAACCAAGUAUGGACUUUUCGGGAAAGUUAAGACACACUUUCUUACUCUUGGGGACGUUUCUAUCUACGGCUGGGCUUGCUCUCGGGGCAUCUUUUUUUGGAGAGAGCUAUGUGCAUCUGAAAAUAGCAGAGGCCUCCAGCAAGUCGUCAUUAAGUUUACAAUUUCAAACCGCAAAAUCAAGUGGAUUACUUUUCCUUGCGGCAGGGGAAACCGAUUACUGGUUGGUGGAGCUUUGGUCUGGGCAUGUACAGGUAAAAUUGGAGCUUGGUUCUGGUGAAAAGGUUCUCCGCUCUGAAAGAGGGGCGGAGCUAAAUGAUUUGGCAUUGCACAUGUUGGAAGUACACCAUGAAGGUGAUGAUGUAACCCUGAUAAUCGACAAGCACAACACUAGUGUGAAGAUUCCAGAACGCCAUGAACUUAACAUUCAACAUGGCAUUUAUGUAGGAGGUACUGGUGAGUUUGAUAAACCUUACCUGGAAGGAGCUGCAGAUUCAUUCCGCGGUUGCAUUGAUGAGGUGGUUUUCAACCAGUACGACAUCUUGUCCUCUUUGAGAACAUAUUCCGGCUUUAAAUUUGUUCAUGAGGUUUCAGCGGGCUGCAGUGAUGAUUUUUUUGCUGAAGACAGCGAUCCUAUCAGUCUAUUUAGUUCCAAAUCGUAUCUUGAAUUUACUACAUGGAAUGCACACGAGGAAGCAGUGUUUGAAUGUGCUGUAAGCACUGCUGAGUCAUUGGGACUGUUGCUAUAUAAUGCUGGCCAACAAGGUGAUUUUAUUACGAUGGAGAUUGCAGAGGGAUUGAUUCGAGUGGUUGUUGGGAAAUCUGGAAAGACGACACACCUCACUUCUCCAAGUCAAGUUAAUGACAACAUUUGGCAUUACAUUAAGCUGCAAGUGACAUCUAAGCGUAUUUAUCUCACUGUGGAUAAGGAAACCAUAAAGGCUACUCUGAGUCCUCGUGGCAAAAAUCUUAAGUUGUGGGGUCCACUGUUUAUUGGCGGCAUUGAUGAAAGCAACCGUGUUGAGGUCUUGAAGAUUGGUCUUCAGUCCCUUGCAGGAAGAAAAGCAAGAGGAGGAUCCUUCAGGGGUUGCCUAAAGGAUAUCAAAGCAAACUCGGAGAACAAAAGCUUGAAAAACGUGCUUGCGACAAAAGAUAUUUCAGCUGGAUGCACAGCGGUGAAAGAACUUUCUUCAACCGCUAAAACGACCCCUGCGCAAAUUCAAGUUAUUUCAACAACUUCCACUCUGCAGAAGGCACUUAAAUCCACAGAAAAGCCGAAGACGAAGAAAUUCCUGACUCUCAACAAUCUAGUAGUUGCAGAGGGAGGACAGGCAGCGCUAGAGACUAAACACAUACAAUUGAACCUGGAGUUCAAUAAGUUAGGUCUACAACAGUCACAAAUAGUAUUUAAGAUAGCAAAGCAUCCAAAGCAUGGAAAUCUGAAAUUGGACACUGAUUCAGAGCAUGAGCAGAAUUCAUUCACAUUGUCGGACCUCUGGCAUGAAAAAGUACUUUAUGUUCAUGAUGGAUCUGAGCAUUCCCAUGAUCAGUUCUUGUUUUCUGUCAUUACAAAUAACAUGUCCCCAAAACACCUGAAAGGAGACAAGCUGUAUAUUUUUAACAUUACUAUAACUCCAACCAAUGAUGCUCCAGAGCUUGUCCUCCCAGAAGGUAACAUAUUCAGUUUGCUAGAGAAUUCCAAGAAAUGUCUUGCCAGCAAUGUGAUUAAGGCCAUUGAUGUUGACACUAAUUCAACAGAACUUCAUUUCACCAUUCUAGGUAAUCUUAAUGCAAAUGCAGGAUUUUUGGAAAAUGCCAUUAAUCCAGGUACUCCUAUCAGCACAUUCUCCAACACUGAUCUGGAAGAAGGAAACGUAUACUACAUUCACCGGGGUGUUCGUACCUCAAGGAUUGUGUUGCGUGUCAGUGACGGUGAUACAGUGAGCAACACUGUCGUUUUGCGUGUAAUGGCUGUACCUGUGGAUUAUAAAGUAGUCAAUAAUACAGGUAUGGUAGUGAGACAGAGUGAUGCAGCCUUAAUCACCAAUUACAAUUUGUCAGUUGAAACUAAUGCAGUUAAUCAGGAAGUGGAAAUACGUUAUAAUAUUGCUAAACCUCCAACGUAUGGAGAAAUUCAACGCCUGCAUUCUGGUGGAGAAUGGAAGCAAACUAAUUCUUUUUCUCAGCGAUCAGUCGGUCGGAGCCGAAUACGAUACUUUGGCAUUUAUCAUAAACUUCAGACUAGAAAUGUUACUGAUAUGUUCAAAUUUAAAGUUAUUAUAGGGAGCAAAACGAGUGAGGAGCUGGUUUUUCCCGUAACCGUGAAGUGGUUUAAUUUCAAGCUCCUAAAAAAUCUUUGGUUAAAGAUUAAUAAAGGGAAGAAACAAGCGCUCACCUCUGAGAAUCUCCAUGCUGUCAUAGAAGGUGUUAGCAUCCCUGAGAGUGAGCUACGCUACACGUUGGUGACUGUACCCAAGAGAGGACAACUUCUGAUGGAUAGCAAGAUAUUAACACAGAAUUCUUCUUUCAGUCAGAAAGAUGUAUCUGCUCAGAGGGUGGAAUAUGAACCAAUUGGAAAGCUUCAUGAAGACAAAGAAGACUUUUUCAGCUUUCUGCUUUCCUUCAAGCAAGUAGUAUCAGUAAAGCAUAAUUUCCAUAUAUUUAUUAAAGCUGAUGUCAAUUCUAUUAAUUUAACAAAUAAUGGUCUCAAUUUAGCGGAGGGAGAAGGAGAACUAAUAACAAGAGCAGAAUUAUAUGCAGAAACCUUGAACACUAAAAAGUUCUUGUACUCUAUUGUACAGAGUCCCAGACAUGGCAAAUUGAAACGAAUCAAUCGCUCUGAUUCAACUGAUAGUAAUGAUAAUAUAACAUCCUUUACUAAUGAAGAUAUUGUUGGACAUCGUCUCAUGUAUGUGCAUGACAAUUCUGAGUCUACACAUGAUGAGUUUAUAUUUGAGGCCGCAGGCAAUUCGGAAACUGGCUCUUUAUCUGUUGUAGGGUCGUUCACCAUAACUAUUCAACUAAAAAAUGAUGAGAAGCCCAUUCGUGUUGUAGACAAAGUGUUCCAUGUGGUAAGGAGUGGUCAACGGCUGUUAACCUCUGAAGAUCUUCGCUACCACGAUCCCGAUUCGGACUUUAAUGAUGCGCAGUUGUUGUACACCCGCCGUGGUAUCUCAAAUGGUGACCUAGUUUCAGUAAAUGACCACUCCAAAAAACUCUUCCAGUUCUCUCAAGAAGACCUUGAGAAGAAACGUGUUCUUUUUGUGCAUCAUGGUGCAGACAGUAGCAGAUUUGUCUUGUUCGUUACUGAUGGCAAACACUACACGUCGUCUCUACUGGAAGUGAGAGCCUCUGAUCCGUACAUUCAAAUAGCCAACAACACAGGUCUUCUGGUGCAGAAGGGACAAGGAGAGUCAAUAACAACAGCUAAUUUCAGUGUUAAUACAAAUCUUUACAUCGCAGACGAAAGUGAAAUUAUUUAUAGAGUGUUUCUGUUACCAAAACAUGGGGCACUGUAUUUAAAUGAUAUACGCACAGAGUCUUUCACACAGAAUGAUCUGAGGAAGGGAAGCGUCAUGUACCAACAUGACAACAGUAACAACCUUGUGGACAUUUUCAAUUUCACAAUAAAGGUCAAGAAUAUGCUGCUGGAUGGGGGUGUUAAUGUUCGUAUAUACCUGGAAAGCCAUCAGCGUGCUCCAAAAAUUGUGCACAACAGCAAUUUGUUGGUUGAGGAGGGAAAACCCGUGAAGAUCAGCAAAACAAAUCUGCAGGUGAUUCAUGAGGAUAAUCUGCCAUCUGAAAUAAUUUACAAAGUGAAUGUUGCACCUGCUCAUGGCUACAUACGAAGCUUUACAGAAACAGAAGGGUUCUACGUUGGUACAGAACAUAAUCCCAUCCAGUACUUUAGUCAACAAGACGUAAAUGAUGGCAGUAUCCAAUACGUGCAAGUGAGAAGAAAUCAGACAAAGGAUAUUUUUACCGUGGACAUCUCUAAUGGAAUAGUAGAACUGUCUGAAAUUCCUAUCCUGAUCGAUAUUAUUCCAACCCUGAUUCCUGUCAAAAUACAUAACUUUACAAUAGAGGAAGGUGCAUCUAAGGCAUUGACUGAAGACUUUAUAAAAAUUGCAAGUCCACAUUUUGCAGAGCUUAAUUUUGAAUAUUUAUUAAUAAAAGUACCAAACCACGGGCACAUAGAGAACUCCCAUUUUCCUGGACAGACUCUCUUGUCAUUUGCUAGACAUCAGGUUGAGGAAGAGUUUAUUUACUACGUUCAUGAUGACAGCGAGAGUCUUUGGGAUAACUUCUCCAUAAUGGUGAACGAUAUCCAGUUAAGAAAACAGAGUUUGCUUUGGACAGUUUUCAUUAACAUUAUACCUGUGAAUGAUGAACCCCCCAUCAUUGUUACUAAAAAAGAAUUUAAAGUAUGGGUUGGCUCAAUCACAGAGAUAACAAAAAAUGUUCUGAAUAUAGAAGAUAAAGACUCGAUCCCCAAAGAAUUAGUUUACUCUGUCACUCCUCCGAGCAAUGGCCACCUUGCUCUAAAGAUGUCACCAAAUAAGCAUAUCGUCAACUUUACCCAGUUUCAUAUAAAUAAUGGUCAACUUGUCUUUGUUCAUAAUGGAGCCAUGUCAGGUGGAUUUAAUUUUCAGGUUACGGAUGGAUUAAACUUUACUCCUCGACAAAUCUUCACCAUUACAGCCGCAGCUUUAGUGAUAAACAUGGAAACAAAUAAUGGUUUACACAUCUUCCCAGGAAUGUUACAAUUGAUUAAUUCCCAACAUUUAAAAGCUGUAACCAAUGAUGCCAACAUUGAAAAUCGACUCAUAUCAUACACUGUGGUGGACUUUCCAAAGCUUGGCAGAGUUGUGAAGGUUGAGAAGGACAAUGUGACGCUCGAAGUGGCUAACUUCACCCAAAGAAUGGUUGAUGAGAAUAUGAUUGCAUAUGAGCAUACACGCACUGAGGCUGUAGAUUGGAGUGCUGAAGACUCAUUUCAAUUUGUAGUGUAUUCCUCGCCGGCCUCAUUGGAACCCCAGGAGUUUCACAUCAUCAUCUCCUAUGAUAUUGUUGGACGAUCCAGUCGUCUUCUUGCAAAUGCAGGCGCUACUGUUACAGAAGGUGAAAAAGUAAUAAUUGACAAAUUCAAGUUGGAUGCUUCUAACCUAAUGGCCAGACUUCCAGAACCUCAGCGCUUGCUGUAUGAAGUAUGGUAUCAAGUGACGUCCUUGCCAGUGUAUGGUGUGAUCAUUGUUGGUGAGCGUAACAUUACCAAGCAGAAACCCUACUUUUCUCAGUUUAUUGUGAACAAGUAUGGGAUAGCCUAUCUGCACGAUAAUUCAGAAAGCCUUAAGGAUAACUUUACCUUUGCUGCAUGGGGAAACCUAAAGAGCAAAGUUGCAUCAAGGCCCUUGAACGACAGUGAAGUGGUGGAAGAGCGGUUCAAUAUUACCAUUAUUCCAGUUAAUGAUCAACCCCCGGAGCUGAAAAGCAAAGCUCCCAGUUUGAAGGUUAUGCAGGGUUACAAUGCUGCAAUUACUUCUGACCAUUUAAAUGUUGUAGAUUUAGAUAACGCUCCAGAAGAAAUUAAAUACAGCAUUAUCAGUGGACCGAAUAAUGGCUAUGUGGCAGCAUCAAAGAAUCUGAGUAGGUCGAUCAAGCACUUUACUCAAGCUGAUAUCAAUAGUGGUGAAAUCUGGUUUGUUCAGGAUGGAAGCUCAUCAUCUGCGGUGUUUUAUUUCAGUGUCACUGAUGGUAAACACCGACCGUUGUACAAAUUAUUUAAUUUUGAGGUUAUACCUAUAGUCAUCACGCUUAUGAACAACACUCAACUGGAAAUUCAACAAGGACAAAGUAUGUGUACUAUCACCAAUGAACACUUGGCUGCACAAACUAAUGGGAAAGUUACGAUGAUACUUUAUGAAAUAACUAGGCCCCCACGGGCUGGACAUAUUUUACUUGGAAACAAUAGGGUGACCUUGUUUGAACAGGACGACCUUGUAAAAGGACAUUUGGUUUAUCAUAUGACCAACCUCUCUGCAUCACAGGAUAGUUUUGAGUUCAUGGUAAAGACUUCUGAAGGUAAUGUCACUGAGCAGCUAGUUAGCAUUAUUGUACGGCCUCUACUGAAAAUGGCAGAAGACUUUAAGAUACCAUCUGGAACUACUUGCUAUUUUGGAACAGAUGUGCUUGAUGCAAGUAGAUUGGCCAACCAGACUGGAAGUGUUCCCAGGUUUGAAAUAAAACUUUUACCUAUCUAUGGUAGAUUUGUAAGACCAAACCACAUGGUCAGGGGUCACAGAGAAGCCACAAACAUUUUUACUCAGAAAGACAUUGAACUAGGUCUUGUUCUGCUUGAGGUUGAAGCCAAUAUGACAGGAAUAGACUUGUUGAAUGAUUCUUUUGUAUUUAUUUUGACUGCAAACGAUGUCCAACCAGCGGAGGGUGUCUUUCUCUAUAGCAUUAUUCCGUUUAAUGGUUCAACAACACUAAACAACACAUGUGAAAAUCCACCACCUCUCGAUUCAUUUACAUCAGUUGCAGCAACUUCAGGAAGUUUACGACUUGGAGCACAAACAGAGGUUCCCACUCUCAAGCCUACUACAAUUAUGCUACGGUGGCGAAACAAAUCACACUGGGAAAAUCAUAAGAGUAAUGCCUCUGUCCCAGAUGUGACAUUGAGAGGUUAUGUGCCACGGGUAACAAUAGGGCCAGUCGGUGCAAAACCUGUUGCAAAUCCCAUUCGCAGUUCCAGGUCUCUGUAUAUAAUUCUGGCCCUCUCUUUUCUAGCACUUUUGAUCAUCGUUAUCUUUAUUGUGAUUUUGAUAAAACAAAAGAAGAAACCAAACCGCAAACCUUUAACAACUAAUUGUCCUAAUAACGGUGGCAUAAAGACUACGAGCUUUCUCCCAGUAGAGAGGAGCCCAACAGUGCCAGCUGUCACCGUCACGCACCUUAAUACUGGUAAUAGCAGCAGUCCCUCAUUGGCAGACAGACAGAACCAAACUUCCUCAACAGCCUCCAAGUCAAACGAAACCGCAACUUUACUUUAUAACUGUAAACAGAUUGAUGCAGAAAUGGUACAGCAUUGUCGUACGACCAAUCCAACCUUGAGGCUAAAUCAGUAUUGGGUUUGACAAGGUAACAAACCCAUUUCUAAUAGUAAACAUUGCAAAGCAAACUUUAUUCAGUUGGAAUCUCAAUUCGGUGUUCAUUUUUACAGAAAAUGGUCAGAACGUAAAAGUGACAACAUGGCAUCUUGAAAAUUAUGUUUUAAACUGAAGUUUCCAAAAUAUUUUAAAACGACAAACGGAUGUAAUUGUCCAGAUAUUAAGUCAAUUUGCAUGAUUUAUGAAUUUAUGCAUGAAACAUCUACAAAAAACACAUUGUAUGAAUGAUUAGAAUUGUUUGUGCCUAUUUCCUGUUGCAUUUCUAUCCAUCAAAAAAUUGGACAGGACACAUGCUGUUACGAUCCACGCUAAUACAAGUAUUACUUCACUGUCA